GCAUGUACUCGCGCGCGGUUACGUCGUUCACACAACUGGGUUUGCUAGCUAACAUCAGCUAACGUUUGCUCAAAUCAAAGGUUCACUGAAAGGAACUAAAACGAGAUCAACACCUCGUCCACUAACCGCCUGACGUUAGAGAUGAAGAGGGCCAAAGGAGGUGGCGAUGAGGACGGUCCCCGGCAGAAUGGCGCUGCUGGCCGAAGGAAAGGAGAACAACAGAAAAGUGACGCGGAUGAUGGCGACUGUGACUUCGGCGCAGGCGACCUGCAAGAAGACGACAAUGACCCGGGACUCAGGAGAGAGAUACGGAGCAAGUACCGAGACCUCAUCAACUCCGUGCAACAGAAUAGAGAAGACAUGCUGAGACCCUCCAACAACAAGCUCACAGAAGUUUUGGAAGAGGCGAACAAACUUUUUAAAGAUGUGCGGCAGGCGAGAGAAGCAGCUCUGGAUGCCCAGCUCCUUGUUGUGGCCACAGAUCUGGGGAAGGAGAAAGCCAGUCAGCUGUUCGCUGAGGGCACUGCUUUUGAUCCCACUGCUUUUGCCGAGCAUCUUCUGUCCUUCAUGGGUCUCAACCGACUAGAAGACGGGGAGGACGAGCAGCAGAACGGAGGGGCAGUUGACGGCUACCUGCCCCAGGAUGCGUGGCACAGAGUGGCCCGGAGAGCACAGUGCUGUGUCAGGGCAGCACCCUCCUUCCACUACAUGAUGGGUUCGUUCCACGCGGAGCCGCCGCCUCCGAAGCAAAGGACAGAACGGCAAAGGAAGGCCCCUGGAAAGGAAGCCAAAAGGAUAAUGCCUACUCAGCUGAAGAGAAUGGAAGGCUCCCAUCAAGAAGCGACGGAGAAAGAGGUGGAAAGGAUCCUGGGAUACCUGAAGAGUUAUUACCAAGAUGAUCCAACAUCACCGAUUUCAUAUUACGAGUUCGUCAUCGACCCCAACUCGUUUUCCCGGACAGUUGAGAAUAUUUUCCACACGUCUUUUCUAAUCAGGGAUGGGUUGGCACGGAUGCAUAUGGAUAAUGCCAAAUUGCCUUGUAUAGCACCCGUAGAGGAGGGAGAGGUGGAAGCUGGAGGAUCACUCAGCCGUAAACAAUGCAUCGUCUCUAUCAGCCCCAAAAUAUGGAAGGAGCUUAUAGAGGCCUUCGACAUCAAAGACACAAUGAUUCAGCCUCUAAACACACAUAAUGAGUGAUGGACCCUGCCACUUUUCAUUAGAUGACACGGAACAUGGUUUUUAGGUGUGUAAAUGCUUUUUUAAGUUGUAUAAAUAAUACAGACAAAUUCUUCAACAUUUUCAAAUGCCAAAUUUCAGUUUGUAUCACUCUUGUAAACGCAUAGCACAGUGAUACUCAGUUGUACAUUUUAUUUUUAUUUCUACUUUUUAUCAUUUUUAACAGUUUUAUUAAUAAAAAGAGGAAUGAGAGAAAGCUUGUA